UAAUAUAUCAUAUCCCUUCUACUUUCAUUGUUCCAGAAUUUGAAUCUCAUUCCAAUGUCUUGUGCUAUGGACUCAGUUCGAGAUCCUUUCAAAAACUCAUGGAAAACCUUUCGUUUUCCGAACAUCAAACCGACCGAACUUCUCUUUUUCUUCUUCAAAGCUGGUCUUGCAGCUUCAACCUUCCUCCUCAUAACCCUAAUUGUUCACCUUACACUAACCUACAACCAAUCCCAUUACCAUAACAACAACCAUACAUCCUUCAAAUACGUGCUCCAACAACAGAAAACCACGCACCAACCACCACCUACCAACAUCUCCCACCUCCUCUUCGGUAUUGGCGGCUCCGUCGCCACGUGGGACACGCGCCGCCAAUACUCCGACAUGUGGUGGCGUAGCGGCGUCACCAGAGGCUUCGUGUGGCUGGACAGCCACCCAUCUGGGAACGCAACGUGGCCCGAGACUUCACCGCCGUAUAAGGUGUCUGGUGACACGUCGGCGUUCCAGUACACGUGCUCGUACGGGUCGCGAUCCGCUAUUCGUGUGGCGCGGAUUUUGAAGGAGAGCUUCGAGCUGGGGAUGGAAAACGUGAGGUGGUUUGUAAUGGGUGAUGACGACACCGUUUUCUUCAUCGACAACCUGGUUAUGGUGUUGUCUAAGUAUGAUCAUAAUGAAAUGUACUACGUGGGUGGGAAUUCUGAGAGUGUGGAACAGGAUGUGAUACACUUUUACACUAUGGCGUUUGGUGGUGGUGGGUUUGCCAUAAGUUACCCUUUGGCGAAGGAGUUGGUGAGAAUUUUGGACGGUUGCAUUGAUCGUUACGCAGAGUUUUAUGGGUCUGAUCAGAAAAUUCAGAGUUGUAUCAGUGAGAUUGGUGUUCAGGUCACCAAAGAACCAGGAUUUCAUCAGGUAGAUAUACGUGGGAACCCAUAUGGGUUGUUAGCGUCACAUCCGGUGGCACCGUUGGUUUCCUUGCACCACUUGGAUUAUGUGGACCCGAUAUUUCCCGGCAUGACCCGUGUUGGCGCCGUUAAAAAACUGGUAUCCGCCUACGAAAAGGAUACGGGUCGGACUCUACAGAAGAGCUUCUGUUACGACCUCAGACGAAACUGGUCCGUUUCGGUGUCGUGGGGCUACAGCGUUGAGAUAUACCCCUCUCUACGCACGGCCAAGGAACUAGAAACGGCGUUUCGGACUUUCCGCACGUGGCGGAGCUGGAGUGAUGGCCCGUUUACUUUCAAUACCCGAACCCUCAGUUCCGACCCGUGUGAGAAACCAGUCGUGUAUAUGCUGGAUCAGGUUCUCAGCAAUGACGGGGACACGUCCCGGUCUAUCUAUAGAAGGUACGAAGACUCACCGGGGAACGUGUGCACGCGUGAUGACUACGCGCAGGCUUUAGACGUGCAAUACGUCGACGUUUUUGCUUCACGGUUUACGGCGGACGUGUGGAAAAAGGCGCCACGUAGGCAAUGCUGUGAGGUAAUGAAGGGCUCAGAUAGAGCGAAGAAUAAUAGCGUGGUUGGCGUGAAGAUCAGAGGCUGCCAUCGAUUCGAGAGUGUGACUCCUCUGUAGAAAAUUUAGCAUAGAUAAAGGAAGAAAUUUGGAUUGAAUUUGUGGGUCAUGUUUGUUGCAAAUUAAGGGCAACAGUGAUGAUAAUUGAACAAUGGUCAGAGCAAAACCUAUAUACGCAAUUGGUGAUUAAAAGACUGAAACGACGCACGUUUGUUGUAUUCUACUACUCCAUUUAUACGUAUGUAUAUAUGAUUUUGAGAGUAGAACAAAGAUUUAAGAGCAUAGCUGUUUCUUUCUCUAAUUUCAUAAUACUUCAUGGUAGUACCAGUGUAUUUAAAUUGCAUUCAGAUAAUAGAU